UCUGUAAAAUUCACAAACUAUGGAUCGACUAUGCUCUCUCUUGUCCUUCCCGAUAAGUCCGGUGAAUUAGCUGAUAUUCCUCUUGGAUAUGAUACCAUUGACAAGUACAAGAAUGAUUCUACCUAUUUCAGAGCCAUCGUCGGCCGAGUUGCAAAUAGGAUCGGUGGGGCUCAAUUCACUCUAGACGGAACUCGCUACAAGAUAGUUGCUAAUGAAGGGAACAACACACUGCAUGGUGGCCCGAUAGGAUUUAGCGACGUUAUCUGGACAAUGAAGAGUUACAGAGAAGAGAGUCAUGUAACUUUUGGUUACGAGAGCUAUGAUGGAGAACAAGGCUUCCCAGGUGAUCUUUCUGUCUCUGGGACCUACAUGAUUAUUGAAACAAACAAGCUGGGUGUGAAAACGGAAGCCAAGGCCCUAAACAAGGCCACUCCAGUGAACCUAGCCCUGCACACCUACUGGAAUCUUGGUAGCCACAGCAAUGGCGACAUCCUCUCGCAGACUAUCCAACUAUUCGCUUCCAAGAUCACUCAAGUUGAUGAACAUCUCAUACCCACCGGUGGAAUCAUAAACAUUGAAGAAUUGCCAUACGGCUUCCUCCAACCACGCCAAAUUGGAAGCAGAAUAAACGAGCUACCCCAUGGAUAUGACAUUAACUACAUCCUCGACAACACGGGACACAGACAUCUAAAGAAGGUCGCGGUUGUCGAGGACAGCAUAACAGGAAGAAAGAUGGAGCUGUGGAGUAAUCAGCCUGGAGUGCAAUUCUACACUGCUAAUUAUCUGGAGAACAAGAGAGGAAAAGGUGGGUUUGUUUAUUCCAGUCAUGCAGGUCUUUGCUUGGAGACUCAGGGAUUCCCAGACUCUGUGAAUCACCGAAAUUUCCUUCACAGAUUAUUAGUCCCGGACAGACUUAUGAACAUGUAAUGGUUUUUUGAUUCACGGCAAAGUAAAAGAUCUAGACAAGCCGAGAAGGAACAGUUACAAUACUUGAAAUCUUUAUUACAUUUUAGAUGAGUCAAAGGGAAAAGAGAAAAUUGAUUUAUCUUUCGCAUUGGAUAGGAUAUGCAGCAAAGUUUCAAAGGAGAUCAGUAAUCAAAUCUAGUUUGUUUCAAA